AUGAAUCCUAUGCAUACUGUCCCUACGAUCGAUGAUAACGGAUUUUAUCUUUGGGAAAGUCGGGCUAUAAUGCAGUACCUCGUUGAUCAAUAUGGAAAAGAUGACAGCCUCUCCCCGAGCGUUCCCAAACUCGCAGCCAUCGUCAACCAGCAAUUGUAUUUCGACGCUUGCACUCUAAACGCAAGACUUUACGAAUACAUGUUGCCCAUAAUGAUGCGUUCUGCAAAACCGAAUAUGGAAGUACAUGCUAAGGUGGAGGAAGCCCUUGGAGUGUUCGAUACAAUAUUGAGUAAAAAUAAAUGGGCUGCAGGGGAUAACUUAACCAUAGCUGAUUUUGCUCUAAUGUCGACGGUUUCUACUUUAGAGGCAAUUAUGUUCGAUAUCAAGAAAUAUCCAAACGUCGAAAACUGGCUCAAUUCUUGCAAGAGAGAUGUCACGCAUUUCGAGGAGACAAUACAGAAGGGAUCUGACUGGAUUCACGACUAUUAUUUAAACAAAACCAAGGACUAUUAG